UUCAUUCCUUGACAAUGCCCCCUUUUUCCCUCUCCAAAUCUUACGCCUCUUGUCUCUCUGCUCUGCUCCGCGUCUGAUAGACUCUCUCUGUGGACUCUCACCAACAACAGCAACAACUUCUUCACUCCCUUCUAAUAUUCCUUGCUUUCUCCAUAAACUUUCGAUCUCUGCUUUUCAAGUACACGCCAAAUAGUUUUAUACUCUGGGAUCAUAUGGAGGUCGCACCAGACAUCCAUCUUUGUUCCUGCGGAUUUCUUUAACACAGUAUGUGUCACUACUGUGGUGCAGAAUUGACAGAGUCCACGGAAAAGAAGGAAAAACAGGAGAAUUCGAAAUUAUUUCCAUUAGCUAAAGGAGGCCCCAGUAAGUAUUGCAAAUUUUGUGCAGAGAAACAGGAGCGAGAAUCUAUCAAGCAGGGUCAUACGGUUAUAUAUACAAUGCCAAUGAUCAGUCCAGCAACUUCCUUGUCAAGCAGUGACAGUUGUGUCUCUAACUGCAGUGAGUUUUCUGUUGAUGUGAGCUCAUGCUAUAAGGGUAUUCAAGAGGAAAACACGACAGGCAAUUCUCAAGAGGAUCUCUUUUGUUGGUCUAAUGGGAGGUUACAAAACUCAAGUUUUGAACAUCCAGUAAAUGGAUUUGAUAGAUCAGAAAAACAGAUGGAAAACAACCUGAGCGAAAGUAGUUGUGGCAGUAAUGUGUAUACAGUAAGAGAUGUUGAGAUUAUACAGACAAGUGAUGACCAUGAAGCAAAAGCUAAUGUCAAUGCAAGCACUAGUUCGCAUAGUGAUGGAGCUGAGAACUCAAAUUCUUUAGAAGAUGAUACAAAUGCUGAGAUAUGGGAACCCCCUGAACCUGAUGAUCCGGAGGAUGACAUGGAGGAUAGUGUUGCUUUCAAUGAUGAUGAUGAUGAUGAGGAAUGUGGUGAUGGCAUGAAAUGGGGUACAUCGAGUUCUUUGAGUCAUUCUGGAGAUGAAGGAAGUGGAAGUUAUACGUUUAAAGAGGAAAAACAAAGAGCAAUGGAAGCAGUGAUUAAUGGAAAGUUUAAAGCCUUGAUCAGUCAGCUACUUAAAUCUGUGGGUGUUGCAUCUUUGGGGGAGGGUGCUGAAAGUUGGGUGGACAUUAUUGCUUCUUUGUCAUGGGAAGCUGCUUCAUUUUUGAAACCUGAUGCUGUUGUUGGUAAAGCAAUGGAUCCAGAUGGCUACGUGAAAGUAAAAUGCAUUGCAACUGGUGUUCGCACCCAAAGUGUAUGCCAUUGCAGUCAACUAGUAAAAGGUUUGGUCUUCAAAAAGCAUGCUGCACACAAGCAUAUGUCGACCAAGUACAAGAAUCCAAGGUUGUUGCUAAUCAAGGGAGUACUUGGUCAGUCUUCAAGUGGAUUGUCAUCCUUCGAUUCAAUGGAACAGGAAAGAGAUUAUCUGAAGUUUGUCAUCGAAAUGUUAGAAUUGUGCCAUCCAAAUGUGGUUUUAGUGGAAAAAACUGUUUCUCGUGAUAUUCAAGAGGCUAUUCUUGGGAAUGGAAUUACACUGAUCUUUGACAUGAAGCUCCAUCGCCUAGAGAGAGUUGCUCGUUGUACCGGGUCACCAAUUUUGUCAUCAGAUACAAUGACGAGCAAAAAUCUAAAACAGUGUGACUCUUUUCACAUUGAAAAGUUUAUAGAGGAGCAUGCUGGAGGUGGAGGAAAGGUCCCAAGUAAAACAUUAAUGUUUAUUGAGGGCUGUCCUACACGCCUGGGCUGUACGAUUUUGCUGAAAGGAGCACGGAGUGAUGAAUUGAAGAAGGUCAAGUGUGUUGUGCAGUGUGCAGUUAUUCUGGCGUAUCAUUUAAUGCUCGAGACUGCUUUCCUUGUUGACCAGAGAGCAAUGUUCUCUACACUUCCAUUUGCUGACGUAGCAACGGAUUUGUCCACUGAUAAAAAAACCCUUAAUUUAGGAUCAAUUAACUCAUGUGUCCAUCAGAAUACAGAGACUAGUGCUGAAACUGGGUCUGAUACAGUUGAUAUUCCCAUUUCCAAUGGAUUUCAUGAAGGAUGUUCCCACAGUUCUACCUUGGAAGUCGAAGGCCGUUCCACAUUUGAUGAACCAUACAAUCCUGCUGUACUUUCUGGCUUGUCGUCCAUUUCAGCAUCUUUAAGGAAAGUUAUAGGGGAGAAUUUUCCCCUAGCAUCUUCUUCUUAUCAGUCUCUUUCUUCAUACUUUGGAUUCAGUGGAAGAGAACCGAAUGACCCAAUCACAAGAUCUGUUUCUAUUUGUACAACUCCUGAGGAAACAGAGCAUUGUGAUGUUGAAGAUAAAGGUAGUGUUGAUGAAGAGAGAUUACUUAAUGGGAAAAAUCAGACUUCAUUUACAUGCACAGAAGCUUCUCUUGAGGUGAAAGAAGAUCAUGGAAAUAGUGAAGAUCAAAUGAAAAGUAAGAACCAAAUCAGUGCUGUGUUGGAUUCUCAGAGUAUUUUGGUUUUGAUGUCUAGCCAGAAUGCAUUAAGAGGCACUGUUUGUGAGCAGAGCCGUUUUUCUCAUAUCAUGUUCUACAAGAAUUUCGAUGUUCCCAUUGGAAAGUUUCUUCAAGAUAAUUUACUCAAUCAGCAAAGCCAGUGCACAUCAUGUGGUGGACUUCCAGAAGCUCACUUCUACUAUUAUGCACAUCGUAACAAGCAGCUUACUAUUCGAGUUAAACGGCUCCCUGGAGAAGUGCAUUUGCCUGGUGGAGCAGAAGGGAAACUUUGGAUGUGGAGUCGAUGUGGUAAAUGUAAAUCUAGGAAUGGAAUCUCAAAGUGCACAAAAAGAGUAUUGAUUUCCACUUCUGCACGUGGUCUAUCAUUUGGAAAUUUCCUGGAGCUCAAUUUCUCGAACCCAUCUUUGUCUAAUUUAUUUUCUAGCUGCGGCCAUUCUUUGCAAGAGGACUUUCUCUACUUCUUUGGAUUAGGCCCUAUGGUUGCCUUGUUCAAGUAUUCCCCUGUUACGACUUAUACUGUUUCUGUGCCUCCUCUGAAGCUUCCAUUCAGCAGUUCAAUUAGACAAGACUGGCUUGUGAAAGAAACUCAGAAUGUGUACAUGAAAUUGAUUUACUUGUUCACAGAGGUUGCCAACUCUUUAGAAAAGAUGAGAUCUCAAUUUGAUGGGUUGGCUUUGAAACUUCAAGGCUCAUUUAAAGAAUUCUCUGACAUUGAAGAGAUGCUAAAGCAAGAAAAAUCUGAGUUAGAGGUAGUGCUCAAGAAUGCUGUUACCAGGACGGAGAACUCGGACCAGGUUGCCUACAAACUACUUAGCUUGAACAGAGUACUUUGGGAACUGCUCCUUGAAGCAUGUAUUUGGGAACGGCGCAUGCAGUCAUUACUGUCACCAGAUCCAACGAUGAUCCAUUCUAGAGAAUCUGUGAAGGCAGAGCCAGAAAAAGUUGAUUCAGGUAUUGGUACCAGUUUAGAAGUCAAAUUGGAUACAGCUGCAGAAGCUGAUGGAUCUCCAAUAAAAGACAUUCCAGUUGAAGGUCCUGUUCAAGAAUCUAAUGGAGCUGAUCCAGUUAAUGUGUCUGAUUCGGCUGAGGGUUUCAAAACACCGAAUGUGGAUUGUUCAAGCCCAAAACGGUUGGCCAGGGAGGGGUCCAAUCUGAGGAAUGGCUCCAGCUAUCAUUGUGAGACUGAUCAGCUAGCAGAAAAUGUGGAUGGUGCUUUUGCCGAUUCAGAUCUAUCAAUGAAAGGCACUUAUCACCAUUCACUGUCAUUCAACUUGGAAGGUUCACAUGACUGGUUUUGGGCACCAUUCUCUGAAAUUCGUCAAGUUGGCAUGAGAGAUCUACACAGAGUGUUCUUUCAAAAGUUUGAAUCAAUUAGUAGCUAUACUGCAGAGAACUUACCCACAGCGUAUCAGCUGAUCAUGGAAGAAGGGCAAAUGCUGCACAUUCCUCUUGGAACUGAUAACCAUGUUGUGUCAGACUAUGAAGGAGAACUGUCGAGUAUGAUUGCUUGUGCACUAGCUUUAUUGAAAGAUCUACCUUUACAAACAGAGGUUCAUGAUGACGAUAGCAAGGGAGAGAAUGGAGUUGCUGCGAGAACAUUUGAGAAUUUGCACGGUCUGACUCGACUUCCCACUAAUACUUCCCUGCAUUGGUCUUCAAAUGGUUCGUUACAUUUAGAUUCUGUCCAUAAUAUGGCAAGCAUUUUUUUAGAUGAGUCACGCUUCUCCAGUUUUGAUGGGUUGAAUUUGUUGGAUUCUCUGGUUCCGCCUGGAACUGUUAACCCAGUAGUCCCUCUAGGAGUUUCAAAAUCAUUUGGCAAGGAUAAAUAUACUGUGAUAUGUCCAUAUGCCAAUCAAUUUCGUGAUCUCCGCAAUCGAUGCUGCCAAUCUGAAGUUGAUUACAUUGCUUCCCUUAGCCGUUGCAGAAACUGGGAUGCUAAAGGUGGGAAGAGCAAAUCCUUUUUUGCCAAAACACUUGAUGACAGGUUAAUUAUUAAAGAAAUCAAGAAGACAGAAUUUGAGUCGUUUAUGAAGUUUUCCAACGAGUAUUUCAAGCACGUAAAGCUUUCAUUUGACAAUGGGAAUCAAACAUGCCUUGCGAAAGUUCUUGGGAUUUAUCAGGUGAUUGUGAGACAGACAAAAAGUGGGAAAGAAAUGAGGCAUGAUCUGAUGGUCAUGGAGAAUCUUACCUUUGGUCGGAACAUCACUCGCCAGUAUGAUCUUAAAGGUGCUCUACAUGCUCGAUUCAAUUCUGCUAGUGGUGGUUUGGGAGAUGUCCUUUUGGAUCAGAACUUUGUCAAUGACAUGAACUCAUCUCCACUGUAUGUUAGUAACAAAGCAAAGCGUAUAUUGCAGCGGGCUGUGUGGAAUGACACAACUUUCCUCAAUUCAAUCAAUGUUAUGGAUUAUUCAUUGCUUGUGGGAGUAGAUACUGAACGUCAGGAGCUUGUAUGUGGCAUUAUUGAUUAUCUUAGGCAGUAUACAUGGGACAAGCAACUAGAGACAUGGGUGAAGUCUUCACUUGUGCCGAAAAAUGUCUUGCCGACUGUCAUCUCGCCAAUAGAGUACAAGAGGAGAUUCAGAAGGUUCAUGUCUAAGCAUUUCUUGAGCGUCCCCGAUGAUUGGUGCUCACCAGAAUCCUCUGACCCCUGUCACCAAUGUGAUGUUGGAAAUGAUGAUUCUUCUCAUUCAAAAUCCCAAGUGAAAGGCGGGUUCAACAGUUCUUCAGCCUAAGCCUUCUUUUUAUCCGGUAUCAUCAUUUUUCCUUUUCCAUCUACGAAUAUCAAUGCUGCUCCUUUUGACAGCUUUAAGUACUGUAAAUAGUUCGUUCAGUUCUGCCCUGUUAUUGUGCGAUUUUUAGCAAAUUUCUGGGGAUAGUUUCGGACCUAUUGGUCACAAUGUGCAGCUAGAAAGAAGUAUAAUUUUUUUUGUAAAGCCUAUUAAGGAAGUAUAGAGUUACUGUGGUGGAAAAGCCAUGAUUAAUUCGGAAUCAGUGAAACGUCGUAGCCAUUAUUGUUGUUGAUGACAUUGUUUCUGGUACAUCUGUAAAUGUUACUCAUCGAUUCAGUGUCGGAAGUGCACAAAAUACAAGCUAGUGAAAAAUCUUAUACAA